GGAAACAUGGCGCAGAGGAGACAGGAGAGGUCCGCGGCAUCAAACUUUAAUUUCAUCUUGACGUGCUAAAUGUGUUUGCGGUAUACUCCACAAAACUGUCAUCUUAACGUGACACCAAGUUCGUGUGUGUUGAUGAGAGUACAAUUCUGAACACAACCACUAGACAUCGAGACAGCCAGAGGGAGGAGAGAUGGAGAAGCCAGUCCUGCAGACGCAGCCAUCCACGCUGCCCUUCUUCGACACGGCCCAUGCCUUCAACCUGCUUCGAGGAAUCCACGAGCUUCGUGCCGAACGCAAGUUUUUCGACGUCACUCUGUGUGCCGAGGGCCGGGAGUUCCACUGCCACCGCACCGUGUUGGCCGCUGCCAGCACUUACUUCCGAGCCAUGUUUGCCGGAACGCUGAGGGAAAGUGCCAUGGACCGCGUGGUUCUACAUGAGGUAUCGGCUGAGCUCCUGGGCCUGCUGGUGGACUUCUGCUACACGGGACGGGUCACUGUCACACAGGAUAACGUAGACCUCCUGCUGAAGACGGCAGAUCUGUUCCAGUUCCCAUCGGUCAAAGAGGCCUGCUGUGCUUUCCUGGAGCAGCGGCUGGAUGUCUCCAACUGCCUGGAGAUCCAGGACUUUGCAGAGGCCUACGCUUGCCGGGAGCUGGCCGCCAGCGCACGCCGCUUCGUCCUCAAAAACAUAAUGGAGUUGGCCAAAGGGACGGACUUUGAGCGGUUGCCAUGGAAGCGACUCCUUGAGUUUGUGUCAGACGAUGAGCUGUGUGUGGACAGGGAGGAGACAGCUUAUCAGAUUGCGGUGCGCUGGGUGAAGGCCGACCUCCAGAGGAGACUGCACUACUGGCCUGAGCUCCUCCAGCAGGUCCGACUCCCUUUCGUCAGGAGGUUCUUCCUCUUGGCCCAUGUGGAAAGCGACCCGCUAGUGUACCUGUCGCCCACCUGCCUCCGUAUGGUCAGUGAGGCCCGCAGCUUCCAGUCCUGUGAGUAUGACCGCCAUGACAGGCCCUGCCACCGCAUGCGGCCACGGCCGUCCACGGGGCUGGCGGAGAUCCUUGUGGUGGUGGGAGGCUGCGACCAGGACUGUGAUGAGCUGGUCACUGUGGACUGUUACAACCCUCAGACUGGACAGUGGCGCUACCUGGCCGAGUUCCCUGACCACCUUGGAGGCGGCUACAGUAUAGCUGCCCUGGGAAAUGAUAUGUAUGUCACAGGUGGUUCUGAUGGCUCCCGCCUCUACGAUGGCGUGUGGCGCUACAAAUCCAGUGUCAAUGAAUGGACUGAGGUCUCCCCCAUGCUGAAGGCCCGAGAGUACCACAGCUCCUGUGUGAUGAAGGGUCAGCUGUAUGUGGUGGCCUCAGACAGCACAGAGCGCUACGACCACGCCCUGGACUGCUGGGAAGCCUUGCCGCCCAUGCUGCACGCCAUGGACAACUGUUCCACCACCACCUGCAACGGGCGUCUGUAUGCCAUAGGCUCCCUGACCGGCGAGGACACUAUGGCCAUGCAGAGCUAUGACACAGACACCAACCGCUGGUCCCUGGUCAACUGUGGUCAGCUGCCCCCAUGGUCCUUCGCUCCGAAAACAGUCACCCUCAAUGGACUCAUCUAUUUUGUCAGGGAUGACUCAGCUGAAGUCGAUGUUUAUAAUCCUCAGAAAAACGACUGGGACAAAAUUAGUCCAAUGAAUCAGGUCCACGUUGGAGGCAGCGUGGCAGCCCUAGGUGGCAAACUGUAUGUGUCUGGUGGCUAUGACAACACGUUUGAGCUGUCCGAUGUGGUGGAAGCCUAUGACCCAGCCACGCGCACCUGGACCCUUGCCGGCCGGUUACCGCAGCCCACCUUCUGGCAUGGCAGCGUCAGCAUAUUCCGCCAGUUCAUGCCUCUGGUUUCCAGUGCGUUUGAACCCGUCAGCAUACCCGACUCAAACGCCAUCCAUUUGCAGCGGCACCAGCGGCACCAGGCGCUCCACAGUCUGAACAACAAUCUCAAUCAAAACCAGAACCAGGACGUGAACCCGGCACACUGAGAUUGGACUCAGAAAUCUCAAUUUACCCGCUCAAUCUGUAUUCCCGCCCCCAUAGUGCCAUCGUUGGCUGUCAUUGGUUUACUGUGAAUUCACCUCAUCACCACGCUGAAGCUCUUUAAGACAGAGAAGGCACUUUGCGACUUAGCAUGUUUACAGCUGUCUGAGCUGUAUUCCACUUGCCUGCUAUGGUGUCAUACUGAUAAUCACUUGUUUCCAUGAGUCUGGCUCUUGACUGGAUGAAUUAUGGAGUGGCUUGGUGUUUUUGUGUAUGGCUAUCCGUACAACAGCAGUUUUAGUUCUUCAUACACAGUCAUUUUAAAUUUGAAUUGUUCCUUUAUUUGUUAAGAUCAAGAGCCCACAUUGGUCAGAAAUCUAACAGUAACCAGGUUACAUUCCAAAAGCUAAAGCUGUCCAGAUAUCCAAUAGUAGCUGGCCAAAUAGCUUAGUCGGGUUCAGUAGGAGCUGAGACUUAUCAGGAGAGAGACCGUAUACACUCUAAGCUGCACUGAUGAAUCUUCUGUUGUCAUAGCAGGAUUUGAGAAGGAUUGCAUGUCAUAUCAUUUGAGAAGGAUUGCAUGUGAUGUAACUUGUGCUGGGUUGAGAUAUUGUGUUGGUCAUUGGAUGCACACCAUCUCCUUGUCUCAGUCUAUAACAAGUUUCACCACUCAUGGCUCAGGUCAAAAUCUGAGUUCAUAACCACCAGUCUAAUGUGCAUGAAGCAAUAUUUUCUUUGAAAGUUGUUUUUAUGAAUGUUUUACUGUUAUGUUUAUUUAUGGAUAUUUAUGCUUUUGUUGCUCAAGGUGUUCUUGUUGCAACUCAUCAGCUGCAACAAGAACAGUGAAAUGUACGUGGUGGUGGGUCUGCAAUCACAACUGGAAGUGCGAAAAAUCUCUCAAGUUGCUCUUAUGUAAAAAAAAAAAAAAAAAAGUCUGGCUUUAAUUGAAAUUGUAUUUUUAAGUGUUUCUACAGUAAUGGUAAUGCAAUAUUUUUGUUCUUAGUUUUCAUACAAGUUUGUGCUGUUUAAACAAUUUUGUAAAUUUAUCAUUUCCCUCAUGUAAUGAGUUUGUAUAGUGCUAAAUGUCCUUUACAGUGUGGUUACCAUAAAUAAAGCUGCAGGCAGGUCUGUGAGUUUA